AACAUUUUAUAACAUUGAAUCUGAAACAAAGGUUAAAUUUUAUAAUUGAUUGAGUUUUGUGAUGAUAUCACAAAUAAUUUGGUGAUUUGUACAAAUUGUGUUGUUUUAUUGACAUUUAUUUUUAUUUCAUAAAAACUAUUCACUUCAAUAAAUAAAAAUGUUUUCGCAACUGUCGUGCUGUACCUAAAAAUAUGUCAAAAUCCAAUAAAACAGCGGAGACUUCAAGUAUUGAGUUCGAUCCAAUUUUACCCGAGACGGGAGUAUUGUUCUACGAAGAAUGUCCAACUGAGUACGAAAUUGAGCGGCCUAGAUUGUUGCCUUUGAAAUCUAACACACAAAUACGCUUCGAGCAAUUACAGCACGAAGCGGCGAGAAAUUGGAAAGAAAAACAGAAAACUGCAAAGAAAAACUAACUUUUGAGAAAAACUGAUUCGCCAAGAUGGUUUACACGCUGUUCGUAGUGGAAAUAAUUUCCGCUUUUAUAUUAGCGGCCACGCUGUUGUACAGAUACGGCGACUGCUACAGGAACCAUAUCAUAGUGACUGUGUCUGUGCUAACAGCAUGGUACUUUUCAUUUGUUAUUAUGUUCAUAUUGCCCCUGGACGUCACUUCGACGGUUUAUCGGCAAUGUCUACAAGAGAAUGCAACAAUAGAUCCAACCACACCACAAGCAUCUACAGGCAAUGAGACUACUAUAACACCUCCACCAGCCCAUCACUGUGAGGAACCAUGGAGCUAUGUGCCGGACAAUGUGUUCCCAAACCUGUGGCGGGUUGUGUAUUGGACCUCUCAGUGUCUCACUUGGCUCAUAAUGCCAAUGAUGCAAUCAUACAGCAAAGCUGGUGACUUCACAGUGAAAGGCAAACUCAAAUCUGCAUUAGUAGAUAAUGCAAUUUAUUAUGGAUCAUACCUCUUCAUAUGUGGCAUUCUACUUAUAUAUAUUGCCUUAAAACCUGGUGUAUAUUUAGACGGUUCUAAAAUAAAGGCUAUUGCAUCUUCAGCAAGUAAUACUUGGGGUCUCUUCCUGUUGAUUCUGCUUCUUGGAUAUGCACUGGUUGAAGUGCCUAGAAAUUUGUGGAAUAAUGCCAAGAAAAACUAUACACUAACAUACAGUUAUUUCAAAAUAGCUAAGUUGAGCACUGACAAGUGUGAGGCUGAGGAAACUGUGGAUGAUAUUUUAGAUAGCUUAAACGCAGUGACGGCAUCGGUUGGGGCUGGACAUCCCCUACAUCGACAUGUGGAAACGAUCGUUCAGAAACUACCCAUACAAUUACGAGACAGACUUAAUUCGCGCGCCCCGCCAGAGAGACCCACGUCGCCCUCUCUAAAAUCUCUAGUCAACUUACAUAAAAAGACGAUCAAAGCACUACACGUGCUUCAACGCACCGAGACCCAGUGGGGUUUGAUGUUAGAGCGUAUCUUCCAUCUGGAAGACGUGUCGUCCAAUCAACGCUCGCCAGACAAACGGUUCCAGCACACCUUCCACACGCCACGACCCAGGCUGCAGAGGAUUUUAUACCCGCCUAUACUGGAGUGGUAUUGGGAAUGCUUAUUCAAACAGUACUUCCUGAAGGCGAUGGCUGUGGUGACUGGCAUCAUGUCCGUGGCGGUAGUGUGGUCGGAACUCACUUUCUUCUCUAAACAACCUGUGCUGUCGAUAUUCGCAAACAUUAAUAACGCAGCGAAAUACACUUAUAACUAUGCUGCUAUUGUGACAGUGUCAACAAUAGUGAUUGCAUACAUGUUCUACUGCGCGUACUCCACCGUGCUGAAGAUCCGUCUGCUGAACCUUUACUAUUUGGCCCCACACCACCAGACCAAUGAGUAUUCACUCAUCUUCUCCGGCAUGAUGGUCUGCAGACUCACGCCGGCUAUGUGCCUUAACUUCCUCAGUCUGAUUCACAUGGACUCUCAUAUUAUCAAAGAGAGAAUCAUGGAGACUUAUUAUACUCAGAUAAUGGGCCACAUGGACGUGCUUGGCAUCAUAGCGGAGGGUUUCAACAUCUACUUUCCCAUGUUGGUGGUGUUGCUGUGCGUUGCCACCUAUCUCUCGCUCGGCAGCAGGCUGCUCUCUCUGUGCGGGUUCCAACAGUUUGUGGGCGAUGACGAACUCACUACCGACUUGGUGGAUGAAGGCAGGGAGAUUGUUAAACGAGAAAAGCGCAAGCGUCAGCGUGCGGAGGAAUCGUUGACGCGCCGCCGCGACUACAACGAGCGGUUCGCGAACUACCGCACCAACAGGGACGCGCACGACGCAGCCCGCACCGGGCUGCUAAACGACGUCGACUCAGAUUACUACGUGACACCCAGUCCCGAGCGAAACCAACCAACGGGAUACCAACGCGCCGAGGUCCCGUACAACCGCCCCAGCCUUACUCUGGAGGACGAGUUGGAACAACGCUUUGGGGAAAGCACUAUGUCGAAUUUACGGACGGAGUUUGAAGGACGUAGGGAUAAGAUGACGAUGCCUCCGAGAGGACUGUUCGAUGAUGUAUAGAGGGGAAUUAAUGUCUAUGUGCUUUUGUGGAGAUAUUUUGUAGAGUCGAUGUGUUGAACGUUGGUAAAACGCUUGUGACGUGCCUUUGGAUGUGGGCAGGGGUUUUUGUGAGGUAUUCAUCCUGUGAUUAUGUUCAAGGGAUUAUCAAAGUUAGUUGGUCAAGUCGGAUCCUCUUUUUGGCAGAUCCUAUAUCUGUCUUAUAUACUUUCUGUUGUGAAAUAGAUUCUUUUUUUAAAAUCUAAUGGAGAUAUGUUAUUUUGUUAAAUAUUACGGAGAUGUGUACUGGCUUCUAAAUUAAUUAUCGAUGUAAAAUGUUUUAAAUGGUUAAUAAAUAUUCUUAACCUCAAUCCCAAAAAUAUACUCGUUUCAUUCGCAAUAAAUUACUUACUCGUGUAUAUUAAGUCAUUCGAUCAAUAUGUCAAUUACACUGUAAAAAAAUAUGUUUUGAACCUUGAAAAUAUGCAUUUACGGAACUUUUUUAGUCCUCAUUUGUAAUAUAAUAGUUUAUAUUUAAUAUUGUUUGACCGUGAUCUAUAUUGUGUCUUGGGUAGCUGGCGGUGAGGGUCGGGAGUGGGAAGACCUGCUGUACUCUUACAGCUUGCCAUCGACGUUUGCGUCUACGCAUUGUUCGUACCGUACUAUAUGUAGCCUUCAUAAAUGAUAUACAAUAAAAGGUGGCUUAGAAUGGGAUGACGGGAAAUCCGUUAAUUUAAACUUUUAACCCAUUUACUGUCUGCCAACUGAAAACUGACUCCAGGCAGACCUUUGAGAGCGAAUUUAAUGGAAAUUAAAUGUCUAUGUUUGUUAAGCAAUUUUUGACAUCGUGCCGGUAGAAAGUUAUUGAAUUCCAUGAUGUUCGAUACUGCUAUAAAUAGUACCUAUAAGUUAAUUUCCAAGCAGAUUAAGUCCUGAUUCAGAAAUUGACGAGGAUGAGGAAGAAGUCGAAACCCUGUUAUCAGAGUAGCUCAAAUCCUUAAUUUUUAGAUAUUAUAUUUAAUAUUAUUUAAGCGCAUAUUUGUCUUAGUUCACGUUUAACCCUAAAUUUUUAUUAGUUAAGUAUUAUUUAAUAACUUAUUUUUAAGUCAUUCACUAUCUGGUUUUUCGUGAUUCUAUAAAUUAAAAUUAAUAUGAAAAUAAUAUAUGCAUACCAUACGUAUAAAAUAAUGUACUAACUGUAUAAUUAUAAAUAAAUAUCGUAACACUUAAAAUAUUGUAAACCAAAUUCAAUCAAUAUCGUCAGUCAUCAUCAUCUCAGCCACAGGAAGUCCACUAUUGAACAUAGGCCUCCUCCAAAGAUCUCCACGUCGACCUGUUGGAAGUGGCCUGCAUCCAGCGACUUCCUGCGACCUUAGCCAAGUCGUCCAUUUCGACAUUUCGCUUUCCUGUACGUGGCCUCCACUCUAGAACCUUUCGACCCCAACGGCCAUCGGUUCUUCAAGCUAUAUGCCCGGCCACUGCCACUUCAACUUGCUAAACCUAUGGGCUAUGUCGGUAACCUUUGUUCUCCUACGGAUCUCCUCAUUUCUGAUUCGAUUUCGUAGAGAAAUACCGAGCAUAGUCCUCUCCAUAGCUCGUUGAGUGACCUUGAGCCUCCUAAUGAGGCCCAUAGUGAGAGGCCACGUCUCGCUGCCAUAUGUUAUCAUAUAUCUUCAGUACUUUCUUUUUAUGUUAGCAGUGCUUUCGACUAACCCCCCCCCCCCCUCCGCCCUACUCAAGGCACGACACAACUCGCAGUCACACCAUAACUCAAUCGAUGAUCAUAAUUAAUAAUUGCAGUACAUUUUUUUCUUAAACAGUUUCAGAACAACCCACUUUGUUGUGAACUGAAAACAUUAAUUCUUUAAUAUUUUAAUGAAACAAAAUAUCUCCACGAAAAAAAUAUAUCGAGCUAAUUUAAAAAUACUUAUUAAUUAAAGUAAUCGUUUAUAAUUAAAUAUAAUUUAUAGGAAAUGUUAUGUUUUCAAGAAGUGAUGAAAUUAUUUAAUAAGUGUUUAUUGUGAUUAUUUUUGUGUACAAAUUACAUAUUGUUAUUAUAGUCAGGAAACUAUCGAUAUGCAGUACGGCCUCUUUGAAUUUGCCUCUUUGUUUUUAUAACAAUAUAAUUCCAAAAUGAAUAUAUUGACUGUUAAAUACUUUACACCAUUUUAGGAUCAGACACACAUAAGUAUCGUUAUUUUUUUGGCAUACGCAUAUAUAAUGCUACGUUUCUGUCUUACCUACUUAUCUUAUACAUAUAAUUAUAUGAAUAAUUAUAUACAAGUUCCUAAGGAUUUUCUUUAUAAAAAUAUUUUCAUGACAUAUAACAUUUUUUUGUUUACAAUUAGUCAGCUACAUUUUUUUUUUUCUAAUUAUAAGUGGGAAAGAAAUUUAUCGAUGUCAUUUUUAAACAAAUAAUUAUUCAUUUUAUCUCGAUAAAAGUAUAAUGGUUUUCAUAAAUCAGUUUAAACUCAAGCCCGUAAUUUUCUACUUUAUAUCGAUAAUAUCGACUAUAUUUAUUAUAAAACUUGACUAUAAUUGUACUGCAUAUAAUUUUAGAACAUAGAUUAAUAGGGCCAAACUUUUCUUCUCAUUACACAAGGUAAUUUUUUCACAAUAAUUAAGUUUAAACGCAAAACAUGCUUACACUCACAAUAUUUUAAGAAAACAUAUCUAUUACUGGAGAAUGGCCAGUCUUGAAUAACAUUUAAAUUCAUAGGUAUAUAAUUAAAAAGAUUACAUUAUAGCUAAGUAGAUUUUGACAAUAUCUAAUUAUUUAUUCAGAUAUAGACUAGCUAGAAUCAUUUAUAUAUUAUAUCACAACUGCUUGAUGAAAAGGAGUGAAAAAGUUUAUCGUUGCUUCAACUAUCAAGAUACUAAAUAUCAUCGAAAAUGUAUGGUAAAAGAAAAUGAGAUUACUAAUCUAAACUGUCAAAACCUACAUAGCUCGGCGUCGUUAGUUAAAGAUGUAGGAUAUGAUUAGAUAAUGACUAAUUUAUAAUUAACAAGAACCGUGGUUUAAUGGUAAUAGUCAUAGUUAGUGAUUAAAUCUAAAAAUUAUUGCACUAUACUGCGUUGUAACACGCGCUUGCCUUUCAAGCCAGUUCAGUUUUGAUACUUUUUAUAUCUAUUGUGUCGUGAAUGUCAGAUGUGAUUGCUGUAAUGAUGAAGUGGCAACUGAGCUCACACAUAGUUCUAAAUAUCUAUGACAUAUUAUGUAUGUACAAUUUAGAUUUCCUCAUUCCCCUGUAUGUCAGCCCUGUAUUAUACUAUGCCGCAGCUGGGAACAGGCCUCUACUUCUACUUGUAUAAGUCGUUUGUUGAAUUAAGAUUGUUAACAAAAAUAGAAGUCGAGGACUUAUAGAUAUUGGCAUUCAUUGGGCCAAUGAGAUGCACUUUAAGAACAUUACGGCCUUUGUCAGGUUUUAGUAUCAAUGCUAUCGGCUUGUAUAUUGAGAUUUAUUUUUAGUUCAAAAGAAUUUCAUAGUUCUUAUUGAUUCUGCAUAUAAUCCACUGUUUGCAAUUUUUAUAACGAAGUACGGAUUAAAGUAUUCAGCUGAAUUUACCAUAACAUACAAGCGUUUUAAUUUUUUUGUCACUUAAGUAAUACUUGCCUGUUAAAAGGCAAAGGCAACUGCGAUUUCUGUAUAUUUUUAGUGGAUAAUGUUUUAAUAACGAUGGGUGCGAAAGUGUACGAUAUAUUGAGUAUUACGAAAUCUAUAAUGUUAUUUAAUAAAUAAACUGUAAAUAUUAUUUUCUUAGCUUAAAUGGUAUUUAUAAACGCCAUUGUGUUUAUUUGUUAUAUUUUGUUUCAUUCCAUAGUUUUAUCAAGUUAGCAUUAAACUGACGUGAUAUUGUUAA